AAAUUCAAUUGAAAAUUUCAAUUUUUGAUCAGCCAGCUUUUCCUAUUGGACGCGUGCGCGAAUUGUUUCAUUUAUUUAUUCCGUGCAAUAAGAAUUCCACUUGCGACUCAAUAGUUAAUUUUAUACAAGCAUUAUGGUCCGUUCGGGUUGGUUUUAAUGACAUGAUCAAAGAAUUUGUAAUAAUUAAUGACAUUGUUAUAGAAAAUAGGGCUAAUUUAGCUGGAAAUUUCCACGAUAGUACUAAUACUUUAAUUAAUGUUUGUGAAAAUUUUUUUACGUUUUCUUCUCCAAAAAAAGGUUCAAGCUGA